AAUGCAGACGGUGAAAUUGUUUAUUUAUUUAAUUUAUACCGUUGUUGCAGUGAAAGGCGUGUCAUUAAAACGCGAUCCAAAUGGUUACCUAACAUACUGUCCUUGCAUGGGACGCUUUGGUAACCAGGCGGACCAUUUUCUGGGCUCACUUGCCUUUGCUCAAGCGCUAAAUCGCACACUUAUACUGCCACCUUGGGUGGAAUAUCGGAAGGGUCAAAUGCGUUCCCAUCAAGUGCCGUUUGAUACCUACUUUGAAGUUGAGCCGCUGCAGGAGUAUCAUCGUGUGGUACUCAUGUCCGACUUCAUGAAUCAGCUUGCAAAAGAAGUCUGGCCUGCCGAUGAACGUAUAUCCUUCUGUUACAUGGAACGCAAGAGUUUGCAGCAGGAAAGGAACAAUCCAGACAAACCUAGCUGCCAUGCUAAAGAUGGCAAUCCUUUUGGACCCUUCUGGGAUACAUAUAACAUAGAUUUUGUGGGCUCUGAGUUCUAUGGCCCGCUACACUUUGAUGUACACCACAGUGCCAUAGCAACCAAGUGGCAACACAAUUAUCCUGCCGACAAGUAUCCAGUGCUGGCAUUCACUGGUGCGCCCGCCAGUUUUCCUGUGCAGCAUGAAAACCGUGAGCUGCAAAAGUAUCUACAAUGGAGCCCUAAGUACAGAGAAGCAGCUCGAGAAUUUAUACGCAAAGAAUUGCCGCGUGGUGCUUUCAUUGGGCUACAUUUGCGCAACGGCAUCGACUGGGUGCGUGCCUGUGAACACAUCAAAGAUAGCCAGCAGCUGUUUGCAUCUCCGCAAUGCUUGGGAUAUAAAAAUGAGCGUGGCCAGCUGUAUCCCGAGCUUUGCAUGCCAACUAAGGAGGCCAUAAUUCGCCAGCUGAAGCGCACUAUAAAGAAUGUGCGUCAAACCCAGCCGAACAAUGAGGUCAAGUCAGUAUUUGUGGCGUCAGAUGCGAGUCAUAUGAUUGAUGAGCUAAGCUCUGCACUAAACCGCAUGGACAUUAGCGUACACAAGCUACCUCAGGAUAAUCCCUAUUUAGACUUGGCUAUAUUAGGACAAUCGAAUCACUUUAUAGGCAACUGCAUCUCAUCGUAUAGUGCAUUUGUCAAGCGAGAGAGGGACUCGCAUGACUUUCCCUCCUACUUUUGGUCAUUUCCUAAGGAAAAGGAACGUCAUCAGACAAAGGUUCACGAAGAGCUAUAGAUUUACAUAUAAUUGAUAUGUAAUAAUAUUUAAGUACCUAACGGAAUACUAUUAAGCAUAAUAAAAAUCUCUAAAAUGUAGUAUAGAAGAACAGAA